CCAACCCCAAGCCCUUAUAUUUGCCAAAAUCUUCUCUUCUCUUCUUCACACAAAAAACAGAAAACAAAACAAAAAUCCCAUCACAAAAUUAAACCCUAGUGUUCCUUAAUUUCUCAAAAAAACACCCCAUUAAUGGCCACUCUCCAUGAAACCCAUUCCCAAGUUUCUGUUACAAAAAUUAUCUCUGUUUUCCCCAAAACCUUAAACCCUCCAAAACUCUUGGAGCUCUCCAAUUUGGACAGGCAGUGCCCUUUGCACAUGUACCUUGUUUUCUUCUACAAUCCAUCUCCUGCCUACUCAAGUUCAUCUCUUGAUUUAGUCUUCACCAAAUUGAAGGCAGGCUUAGAAGAAACCUUGGCGGUCUGGCCCCAGGCUGCGGGGCGGUUGGAGCCGAGCCCCACCGACGGGAAACUGAACCUCCGGUGCAACAACCGCGGCGUGAUUCUUGUUCAGGCGAUGACAAACGUCGAGAUCUCGGGACUGGGAGAUCUCUCCAAGUAUAAUGAGUUCUCUGAGAAGUUGGUUUAUAAACCUGUUUUGAAUGGCAAUUUCUCUGAGUUCCCUUUGGUUGUGGCUCAGUUGACGAGAUUUGGGUGCGGAGGAUACACCGUAGGGACAGGAAUAAGCCACAGUUUAUUCGACGGGCCAGCUGCGCACGAUUUUCUUACUGCAUGGGCUGCAAAAUCCGCCAUUUUCAAGCAGAGGAUGGAGCAUCAGGUUGAGUUGCAGAGGCCAGUGCACCAGAGAGGGAGCCUUUUGGAUAUGGCUAAGUUCGGGAAUCCCCGGAGUUCGGCAUCGGCAGCGGUGGCGAUCGAGCAUUUGUACGGGUUGAUAAUGCAAGCUGGCCGUGAGAAUAAUGGUGAAAUGGGUAAAAAUAAAAAAGAUGAAUAUUUUUGCACAACGUUUAGAGUGAGUAGAGAGAUGAUUCAGAGGCUGAAGAACAAUGCUAAUUUGGGUGCAAAUGCUGCCUUCCAUUGUUCCUCUUUCGAUGUCAUUGCUGCUCAUCUCUGGAAGGCAAGGACCAAGGCUCUGUCUGUGAACAAGGAAAAAAUGGUGUGCUUACAAUUUGCCGUAGAUGCCAGGAACAGGCUUCUACCUCCUCUGCCCAAAGGCUUCAGUGGAAACGCCUUUGUGCUCGCUUCAGUCACCUUAACUGCAAAACAACUCGAGGAAAAAAGCCACAGAACAAUAGUCGAAAUGAUACAAAACGCCAAGUCUCGAGUCAACAACGACUAUGUUCAUGCAUACAAACUAGGCCUGGAAGGGCCUCAGGCUUCACUUCCUCCCCUCAAGGAGCUCACUGUUGUAUCAGAUUGGACCAGAAUGCCAUUCCACAAGAUUGACUUCUUACAUGGACAAGCUGCCUACGCUUCGCCUUUGAAGCCCCCGAUCCUCGAGGUUGCUUACUUUCUGCAGAACCCAGCAGAUAGCCAGUCGAUCGAUGUUCGGGUCACUUUGCUCUCGCAUACUCUCGACACUUUCUCUUCCUACUUCAUGACCAGUAUGCAGUAAGCUUCAAAGUUUCUCUUAUUCUUCAGGGGUGGCUGGCUUUAUUUUAGGGUAUCCCUAUAGUGGGUCAGAGUGAUAAGUUUGAAUAGGAUCAGAGAAAGAGUUAUAACAAUAAAAGGGUUUGUUCACUAUAGAACAAAUUGUCAAAUAGUAGUACCAAGAGACAAAAAUGUGAUUUCUGCAUAGAAUAAGAGGGAUUUGGGGGUGGCUUUUGUGGUCUAAAUCAGUGUCAACAUUGAGGUGGGUGCUGUAAUAACUUCCAUCUAAUCUAAAAACAGAUAUCGUUUCGAAAGUCAA